AUGGCGUUCCCCUAUACCGUGACGGAACAUGUUAUCGAUAGUCAAUAUAUUCGAGAGUAUCCCCGGGCCACGACCACGCAGGAUGCCCCUCUGAAGCUUUGCGUGAAGAAGUAUACGCCCAUCGAUAACCCCCAUCCCGAGCCGGGCGAUGUCACUAUCGUUGCUGCACAUGGCACGGCGUUCGCAAAGGUAGGUGGAAAGAACCAUAGCCAGCCAGCCUUACGCCUCGCACUCAUUAUCGCCCAGGAACUAUACGAGCCGCUCUGGGAAGAUCUCCACGCCAGAAGCAAGAAAGUGGGAUUCCGAAUUCGCGCGAUCUGGAUCGCUGAUAGCGCCAACCAGGGUGCUAGCGGUAUCCUCAAUGAGAAUCACUUGGGCAAUGACCCAUCAUGGCUUGAUCACAGCCGCGAUCUUCUCUUGAUGAUCAACCAGUUUCGCGACCAGAUGCCCCGACCCAUCAUGGGUCUCGGGCACAGUGUGGGUGCAGCUCAAAUGAUCUUUCUAUCACUGAUCCAUCCCCGACUGUUCUCAUCCCUCAUGCUCGUCGAGCCAUAUUUCGUCGAGCGCACGCUUCAAGGGAGCGGCCCUCUUCUCCUCCGCCUAACCAUCAACAAGCGAGAUGUCUGGCCUUCCCGUGCCGUCGCCGUAGACAAGUCACGCAAGGCCCUUCGAUCCUGGGACCCGCGGGUGCUGGAUCGCUGGGCUCGGUUCGCAUACCGCGAACUCCCGUCAGCUGUAUACCCACAGGAAGAUGCGACACAAUCAUCAUCAUCGUCGUCGCCAGAUGCAGGGCCGGCUGUGACCUUGGCAACGACCAAGUACCAAGAGGCGCUGAUGUACACGCGGGCCAACCCUCGUCGAUACAGAGAGCUGGGCUUGCCCGAUGAGCUGAAUCAGAAGCACGAGCACGAAGCGCCUAGUCCGCCGCACGACCCGCUACUCUUCCCCGACGUGCUGGGGGCGCUGGUGCCGGAGCAGAACUCCUACCGGCCGGAGCCGGUCCUGGCGGGGAGGUUGGUGCCGCACCUACGACCAUCGGUCCUUUUCUUGAGUGGAGCUGAGAGUCCACUGUGCAAGCUGGGGAUUCAUGAGCGGAUUGCCAAGAAGGUGGGGACUGGGUUCGGAGGGAGUGGUGGCAUGGAGUAUGGUCGAGUGAGGCAUCACUUAGUUCCGAAGGCGGCACAUACUCUUCCUUUGGAGAAAGUGACGGCUACGGCAGAUGCUCUUGGGCCGUGGAUUCAGCAGGAGGUACGGCGGUGGAAGGAGGAUGAGCAGCGCAUCGCACAGGGGUGGGAUGAAUUACCUGCAAGAGAGAAGUCAAUGUAUUCCAACGAGUGGAAGGAGAUGAUCGGUUCGGCGGCCAACCGAAUCAUCGAGAGACGGUCCAAGUUGUGA